AUGGACCCUCCCAUUCGCCCUGUCGCAAAGCGGCGGGCAGUAUCUGCUCAACAACCCAUCACCGCCCCUUCACAUUUCAUAUCAGAAGGCUCUCCGAGUCCUUUUGCAUCGAAUCCCAAGUACCUGCAGGGUGUUGCAAAAUCUCAAUCUCCCCCGGCAUUACGAUCUCGUAACCGCACAGUCUCGGUGGGAUGGGUAGAAGGCGGUGAGGCAGUCUCUCGACGCACCUCAAGUUUGCAAGUCGAGCUGGCAGAAUGCGUGGAGACCAAAACAGUCACGACGACGACGACCACCAAGCGCUCAUACCCACCUCUCCUGGUUCGUCAACGAUCGCUUGGCCAGCUCAACGCAAAGGAAUACCCACUGGCUAUGAAGCCUCCUCCCGCUGAGUUGUUGAACUUCUCGUACGAAAUCGGCGGAGAUUCAUAUCUGGGUGAAGACGAUAUUGCCAUCGAGGAUCUCCUGGCACCCAGCCGCACGCCAUCAUGUAUGAGUGAUCAAAGUAAAAUCCAGGCUUCAAGAGGCUUGAAGGCCACCCCUACCGAGAAAGGAGAGACCCAGCGGGCAGAUCGACUGAGCCAGAAGCUGGCGAUGGUCAACCAAAGAAGAUCCACCAGCCGCCUCCAAGAAACGCAGCCCGACUCCCCCACGUCCAUGACCGAACGACCACACAAGUCCAAGAGGAAUAUCGUGAAGCAGGGCCAGGAUCACAAUUCGAUCAGGGUGGCGCGACGGAGACCCCAUCAAGGAUUGGGUGUACAUUUAAUGGAUGAGCCUUUGCUUCCCGCAACCCCUGACAUGUCCGAUCUUGAUAUUGCCACCGAUCGCGCUCAACCAUACACUGCUCCCUUCUUCGAGGAGAGUACGUACACUCCGCAUUCUGCAACGACCCUAAAUGAUUCCUUCGAGGACGUUGAAAGCCCAGUCGAUGCAGUGAGCCAGGACUUUGCUAAUGCCGUUGCAACACCUCCUACCGCUGAAUCAGACUUGGAGCUCGUGAGCGGAAGCAGUACGACCUCGGCACAACAACGGCCGACUUUAAAUACGGCUGCUGCCCAAAACGCCAGUUUACCAAGUCCAGGUCUCUCGCCAACAUUCGCUUCUGCAACACUUAAUCCCAAUCAGUCUUCAGGAGCCAUUACCGCUGGAGACGAGCUCCUUGGCAGCCCUGCAACCCAGGAUGAUGAUAGUCAACAAGCCAUCGACGAUGAGACGUUGGCCUACGAAUCUCAAGCAAUGUCCCUUUGCAGAUCUGAGGAGCCAUCACUCAUCCGCGACACACAUAGUCCUUCUGUUAUGGAUGCUCAAUCAAUGCUACUCAGUUUUGAUGCCAUGCCAGUGAAGAUGCAAACUUUAAUGAUGUAUCAGCUACUUCGGCGAUGUUCGAGAAAGACUUUGCAUGUCGUGGCUCACGUUGUCAACCCUGCUUUGAAGUGCGAUUUUUUGGAUCAGCUUCCAUUGGAAUUGAGCCUCCACGUCCUCAGUUUCAUGAAUCACCGAGACCUUUGCCGAGCCUCACAAGUCUCAAAGCGAUGGAGAGAUAUCGUCGACACGAAUGAGACUGGCUGGAAGGAACUAUUUGAUCACGAUGGCUUCGUUAUGCCUGCUGGUGAACUCGACAAAGCCAUUCAGCAAGGCUGGGGCUGGCAAGACCCUGUCGGCCCAGAUGGAUGCGAGCAAGACUUGAGCCCUGAUCGAGUAGCAUCGUCCUCAGGAGCUGAUAAUGCGACCAGCAGUAUCAGCAAACCCGACCCCAUUCCAGUUCGCAAGGGCCGCUCUGUUACCAAGAGAAAGCGAGUCGGAGUGGGCUCAAAUACAGACCGUUCAAAGCGGCGAGCGGUUGGCCACGAGUUUGCAGACAAGGCAAAUGGCAUGCUAGCUAGAUAUCCCCACACAGCCAGAUUUCAUAAGUCUCAAGGUCCCAUCACUGCUGCCAAUGCUGCUGUUUUAGCUGUUCCAGACCCCAAGUUAAGCCUGCCAACUUUACGAAAGUUGCAUCUAUUUAAGUCGCUCUAUCGUCGUCAUUACAUGCUUCAGCACGCCUGGACGGAUGGCAAAGUCGCCCCUCAUCACUUUGCGUUCCCCGCACACCCGGCUAAUGUCAUUACAUGUCUACAGUUCGAUGACGACAAGAUCUUGACGGGUUCUGAUGAUAAUAUGAUACAUGUUUACGAUACGAAGACGGGUGUCCUCCGCAAGAAGCUUACUGGUCAUGAUGGAGGGGUUUGGGCUCUACAGUACGAAGGCAAUGUUCUGGUUUCGGGCUCGACUGAUCGCUCCGUUCGUGUCUGGGAUAUCGAGAAGGGACUCUGCACUCAAGUCUUCCAUGGACACACUUCCACCGUGAGAUGCCUCCAGAUUCUCAUGCCUGAGUUGGUUGGAAAGGCAGUGGAUGGUAAGCCAAUCAUGGUUCCUUCACAGCCACUCAUCAUCACCGGCUCGAGGGACUCUCAACUCCGAGUUUGGAAAUUACCCGAGGCUGGUUCCAAGCGCUACAUUCAAAAUGGACCACCAGCAAACGACACAGACUGCCCGUAUUUCGUUCGCACCUUAACGGGUCAUUCUCAUUCUGUCCGUGCCAUUGCUGCUCAUCAAGAUACCCUUGUCAGUGGCAGCUACGACAACAGUGUACGGGUCUGGAAGAUCUCUACCGGAGAGACAAUCCAUGUUCUGCGAGGCCAUGCUAUGAAGGUCUAUAGCGUCGUCUUGGACCAUAAGAGAAACCGGUGCAUCAGUGGUUCAAUGGACAACUUCGUCAAGAUCUGGUCCCUGGAAACUGGUGUUUGUCUGUACACUCUCGAGGGUCACUCAUCGCUUGUUGGCCUGCUAGAUCUCCGGGAUGAACGUCUCGUCUCCGCCGCUGCAGACUCUACGCUGCGGAUCUGGGACCCAGAGAACGGCAAGUGCAAAAGCACCCUCAGUGCCCACACUGGUGCUAUUACCUGCUUCCAACACGAUGGUCAAAAGGUCAUAUCCGGAUCUGACCGAACUUUGAAGCUGUGGGAUAUCAAGACAGGUGAAUGCAUCAAGGAUAUCCUCACUGAUCUCAGUGGAGUCUGGCAAGUCAAGUUCGACCAGCGCAGAUGUGUUGCCGCUGUACAGCGUGACAAUCUUACAUAUGUUGAGGUCCUCGAUUUCGGUGCCUCGCGAGACGGGAUCCCUGCAUCUCAACGCGGAUCACGCCGACUCCUUCCUGAUACCGAAGACCGUAUCAUCAUCGAAGAUGACGACGCAUGA